AUGGUUUUCUCAUUCAAACAAUUGGAACGAAUCAACGAACUUGUUGAGUUCCAAAAGGAACAUGGCCAUUGCAAUGUACCGUGCAAGACUGCACUAGGAAAUUGGCUCUCACAUCAAAAGCAGGACUACAAGAAAUGGAAGGCUGGAGAGAAAUCUAGUAUGUCACAAGAGUUGGUGACGAAGCUUGAAAGAAUUGGAUUUGAGUGGGGUGGCAUUAUGAAGACAGCGAAUGAGAGAGCUUGGAAUCUCCGAAUCCAAGAACUGCAAGCCUUCAAGAAGCUUACUGGACAUUGCAAUGUACCAAUGCAUUAUUCAGAAAACAAAGUCCUAGGCAGAUGGGUCAGCAGACAACGUCGCGACUACAAGAAAUGGAAGAAUAAGGCAGACGGCAAGUGCCCGAUGACACAAGAGCGUUCUGUUGAACUCGAUAAUCUUGGAUUUGUGUGGUCUGCCCAGAAGGCACUUUGGAAAACUCGACUCCUUGAGUUGAAAGACUUUAAGGAGUUUCAUGGGCAUUGCAAUGUACCAAUUUAUUUUCCAGCCAACAGGACAUUGGGGCUUUGGGUUCAAAAGCAGAGAAAAGAAUACAUGAAACGGAAGAACAAGGGAGAGGAUAAGUCCUUGAUGACGCAAGAGCGAAUCAUUGAACUCGAGAAGCUUGGAUUUUUGUGGGUCGCCAAAAACAAGCGACCUCUAUACCCCAUCAAAUCCAAUACGGUGGAAAACGCAAUGGGGUUCCCUUCUCAACCGCAGCACCUCUCUGCAGAUGAGGAUGAAGAUGAGCACCCCUCUGCAGAUGAGGAUAAAGGUGAUAAUGACGAAUCGUCGCCUGAAGAGCCAGUGUCUGUAACACGUCAAACACGGCGAAUGGCUUCUAGAAAGAAGGGCAGCAGAAAACCUCCGCCUUGUAGCACUGGGGCCUUGGGGCAAGAUGAAGGGGGGCACCAGGAGGACGAGCGUCAAGAAGCGGCAUCCAGGUCAAGCAAAAAGCGAAAGGCAAGGGAUGCGACGAAUGCAAAGAAGAUGGCCCCUCGAGAAUCAAAAAGAAGAAGACUACCACUGCGCAGGUCUCAUGACAAUGGCACACAAGGCGCUAGUAUCAUGUCGUCGAAGAGCUCAUCCGUUUGCAACGAUUCCAAGGAUGAGAGGAGUCCAAGUGGUGGUGAAGAUCUUGACAAUGACACUGAGCUCGAAUGGGAGGCUGGCAGUGAGGAUGAUGAAACCAAAAUUGACGGUUCUUCCGAAGAGUCAACCGUCCAAGGGAGACAAACGCACAUUGGCAUGGAUUCAAAGCACACUUACAAGGACAAGGGGACUGUAGAUGUUGCUGGUAACACUGGUAACUUGGAAGGACUCACCAGAGAGGAGCUACUCAACAAAAUCGCUCAAGAGUGGAAAGCAAAGUUGGCGUUGAGAUCUCAGCUGCAACAAUCCCAAAAGGAGAGAGACCUACUUGCGCACAUGAACAUGGAACUGCAGGAAUGUAAUGCAACUAUCCGAGAAUCCCAUAGGACCGCCAUGCGAGAAGAAAGGGAUCACCUUCGACAGGAAAUCAAGAGACGCAAGGUGGCCAAAGGCGAAAUAUAG